AUGGCAUGGCAGAGCAGCCGCCGCCCGACCAUGACCUGCAGAGCGCUGCCCGGCCGUACCUGCGGACGCGACCUGCCGCGCCCCCGACCUGGCAAUGCCUACGCCGACGCCGCAUGCCCGCAGUGCGACCAAGCUCCUGCACCGCCGUCUGGCCGCGCCCGUCCCCUCCUCGGCAUCAAUGCCGCUCGCCCAGCCCCCUCCACCCGCCGGGGCACGCAUUCACCGUUCCGCAGCCGCCUCCUCCUUUGGCCCCCUGCCGCCGGCCGGCCACACCGCCGUAAGGGGCAGCCUCCGCCCCCUGGACACGCCGACGUCGGCGCUCCUCCGCCCGCCGGGAACGCUGACGGGCCGCGCGGCGCGUCCGUGCCCCGCGGACGGCGUGGGCUGGCGCCCUGCGCCUCCAGGCGUGUGGCGCGCGCCUGCUCCCCGGCAUGGGCUGCCGCCCUAUGCCUCCAGGCGUGCGCCGCGGCCCCUGCGCGUGCCUGCCCCGAGGCCGGCGGGGGCUGCCGCCCUGCGCCUCCGGGCACGCCGCCGGCCGGGACGGGUGAAGGGCCUCCGCGGCAGCCGUGCGGCGCGCCCUGCACGUGCCUACCGAGGCAAGGCCCCCCGCGGCCGGCGUGCCGCCAUCGCGGGCGGUGGGAGGCCCUCCGCGGCCUCCGUGCGGCGCUCGCCGUCGGGGCAAGGCACGCCGCGGCCGGCUUGCCGCCGGGGUCCGGAUAUACCCUCUCCCUCGCCGGAUCUAAGACUCUCUUGGCUGGAUCUGCCUUGACGCCGGGUUCCUCUGUCUGGGCGACAUGGAGCGGCCCUCACCUUUCCGGCGGCGCUGGCGCGGCCUCCUGCAUUGCCGCUCGUUUGCGAGGAGGUGCUGGCCGGACGCGCAGCAGGCCGGCGUAG